CUCAUCCUUUGCCUUUCGAUCUCUCUCUCUCUAUUAUUUGCGAAACCUCCAACCUUCUUUGUGCUUCCCCUUUGUUUCUCUUUUGAGCUAUCUCUAAUGGCGGAGACACCAUUAAAACGCCAAAGAGAAGAAACCCAAAUAGAAGAUUGUGAAGAGUCGAAACGCCAUAAAUCGUACAACCACAUACUCUCUCUGCUUGAGGCAGAGGAAGAAGAGCCGACUCAGGACCUGUCCUCUCUCAUCACAACCCUCCAGCAAGAACUCUCAUCCGACUCUAUCUUCAACCCUCUUUCAUUUCCUACCGCAGAACCCGACCCGGAGAACCCCACAUCAGCCUCCGCCACCGUAGAAGACCAAACGUCCGCAUCUUCUUCUUCUUCUUCGUCGUCGUCUUCGGCGGUUGUUUUGAAGGAAGAUGAGGAGGAUGAUAAGGAGAGGGUUAUUCGGCACCUUCUCGAAGCUUCUGACGAUGAGCUUGGGAUUCCGAACAGAGAGGUCGGCGUAGCUUAUGAUAGGGUUGAAGGUUUUGACGGUGUGGAUGUGUUCUCAUUGUGUGAUGGUCUGUGGGAGUUGGAAGACGAGGCUGCCAACUACUAUGCCUUGAUGCAGUCGGAACUUUUCAUGUAGCCGUUAGGAGUUAUGGUGUUAUAGCCAUAGGGGUGUAAAACAGGAUGAAAAGAAAUGCUAGGGAUUCAAAUGAAAAAAAAAAAAAAAAAGAUGGGAGGGACGGUAUAGAAAAUGGAGAUCUUUUUGUUAUUUUCAUUUUAGUCCCCUCUUCUUUUGAAAAAUUUAAGUGUCGCCUAUCUCUUUCUAGAAGAUCAAAUUGUAGAAGGAAAAGUGAUUCAUAUUCGACUCGUUUUUAUUUCU